AUGGCUGCGGUGAGUUGCAUCUUCAGUGCUUUGUGUUAUGCGGAGCUCGCCGCGCGUAUACCAGUGUCCGGCUCAGUAUACCUCUACGCUUAUGUUGCAUUCGGCGAAUUCUUUGCCGUACUCUUUGGGUUGAAUGUGUUGGUCGACUACCAUGUCGGUGCUGCAAUUUCGGUAGCAUCCUGUGCCUCAUACCUGCGCAAGACGCUUCUGAUGAUGUUUCCAAGCGUUUGGCUGCCAAGUACGCAGGUUUUCUCGCUUGCUUUGGUGUGCAUGCUGACAGGUAUCCUAUCUGUUGGGGUGGAAAAUGGGUUGAAGCGGGUGAAUGGCUUGCUGGUCUUCAGCAAGGUGAUAAUUGUUUUGAUGAUCAUUGGCAUUGGUUCGACGAAGGUUCACGCAGAGAAUCUUUCUCCAUUCUUCCCGUGUGGAUUCGGGCCAGUGGCCAGCAUGUCUGCAACGUGCUCUUUCUCGUUUAUAGGAUUUGGAACUGUGACAAAUGCUGCUGAAGAGUGCAAAAACCCUCAAAGGGAUCUGCCGAUUGGCAUAACAGCUUCCCUGCUCAUUUGUGCACUGCUGUACAUAAUCUUCUCGUUAGUGCUCGUGGGCAUCAUUCCAUACACGGAGAUAGACGAGGCGGCACCGGUGGAAGCAGCAUUCAGCCCGCAGUACGCAAACAUCCCCUGGGUCUGCAUGCUUGUCAACUGGGGUGCCGUGAUCGGUUUGUUUACGACGCUCGUGACGGGCAUGUAUUCGCAGGCUCGGAUGUACCUGGCAAUGGCUCGAGAUGGUCUCUUCUUCUCACCUUUCGGUCAGGUGUCCAGCUUUGGGACCCCCUUCAACGCUCAGAUGCUUUGUGGGAUUCUGGCAGCAGUGCUGGCAACUUGCCUUCCCGUGCAAGGCCUCGUUCUUUUCCUGAACAUUGGCGUGUUGUUCUCCUACACAAUCGUCUGUGCUGGGGUCUUGGUGCUUCGUGCGGAUCAUCCGGCACGGGCUGCCCGGUGGGCUGCCUUGCUGACCUGUGCAGCCAUAUUGGCAUCUACAAGCUCCACCUUCAUUUUGCAGAGCUGGUGGGCUGUCAGCACUACGCUGAUCUUUGCACUGGCUGUGGCAUUAUGCUGGAUUCCCUUCUUCCGGUACAAUUACGCCCGACCGGAAACAUUCGCUUGCCCUGGUUGCCCUGUCCUGCCUCUGCUUGGACUUACCAUUAAUGGCUACAUGCUCUCUCAGUGCCACUGGCAGGCAUGGCUCCGGCUCCUUGGCACCACCGUUCUGAUCCUGGGAGGCUACGCCUUUCGGCUGUGGCGGGUGCUGAAAGCUCAAGGAGAUGAGGACAACCGCGAAUUGACCAUGUCGUUGCCGACAGUUGGCAUCGCUGCCCGAUGA